UCUAUCAUUUCACAAAGCAACCUCGUUUGUCUUCUCUUCCUUUUUCUCCUCCGAAAGGCAGCGCCUCUUUUCCGUCCUUCUACAGCGAAGGAGACGACAUGGGCGAAGAAGAGCAGCAACCUAUCAAUGUAGAGAGAGCUGGCGAGUUGGUGAAGAGUCUACGAGAGAGCUUUAGUUCGGGAAAGACGAGGAGCUACGCCUGGAGGAUUUCUCAGUUGAAGGGGAUCAUUAGGAUGAUCGACGAGAAGGAAGAUGAGAUCUUGAAUGCGCUUCACGCCGAUCUUUCGAAGCCCCGUCUCGAGUCUUUUGUCCACGAGAUUUCAAUUGCAAAGUCUUCAUGCACAUUGGCUGUAAAAGAAUUGCAGCACUGGAUGAAACCUGAGAAGGUGUCAAGCAUGCUAACGACCUUCCCCUCCUCGGCAGAGAUUGUACCCGAGCCACUUGGUGUUGUGCUGGUUAUUUCAGCUUGGAACUAUCCUUUCUUGCUAGCUAUUGAUCCAGUCAUAGGAGCUAUUGCAGCGGGCAAUGCUGUUGUCCUAAAGCCAUCAGAAAUUGCUCCAUCCACAUCAGCUUUGUUUGCUAGAAUAUUACCCAGUUUUAUUGAUAGCUCUUGUAUUAAAGUUGUUGAGGGGUCUGUUCCAGAAACUACUGCGCUUUUGGAACAAAAAUGGGACAAAAUACUUUAUACAGGAAAUGCUAAAGUUGGGCGCAUUAUUAUGGCGGCAGCUGCAAAGCAUUUAACUCCUGUAGUUUUGGAACUUGGUGGAAAAUGUCCUGUAGUUGUGGAUUCCAACGUUGACCUAAAAGUUACAUCAAAAAGACUUGUUGUGGGCAAAUGGGGGUCUAAUAACGGUCAGGCUUGCAUCGCACCAGAUUAUAUCAUAACAACAAAAACUUUUGCUCCACAACUGGUGGACACGCUAAAAAAUUCUCUCAAGUCGUUUUAUGGGGAGAAUCAUAUGCAGUCUAAGGAUCUAUCUCGCAUUGUGAAUUCGCAUCACUUUGCACGCAUAUUAAGGCUCUUAGAUGAUGAGAAAAUUUCCGGAAAGAUCAUUCAUGGAGGAGAGAGGGAUGAGAAGCUUCUAAAGAUUGCUCCCACUCUCAUAUUAGAUGUUCCAGAUGACUCUUUAAUAAUGCAGGAGGAGAUCUUUGGUCCCUUGCUUCCUAUUGUUACUGUUGACAAUAUAGAAGAGAGUAUUGAUAUGAUAAACUCAAAGCCGAAACCGCUCGGUGCAUACCUCUUCACGAAGAACAAGAAAUUGGAAGAAAAUUUUGUGAAAACCGUGUCUGCUGGCGGUUUGCUUAUUAAUGAUACAAUGAUGCAUUUUGCAAAUCCUAAUUUGCCCUUCGGUGGGGUAGGAGAGAGUGGAAUUGGUGCAUAUCAUGGCAAAUUUUCAUUUGAUGCCUUCAGUCACAAAAAGGCUGUUCUACACCGGAGCUUUGGUGGGGAAGUUUCUGCAAGAUAUCCUCCUUAUACUCGUCAGAAACAGAAUUUUCUAAGAGCUCUUCUCACUAACAACAUUUUAGGAGUCAUUCUAGCUGUUAUUGGCUGGCCCAGGCCUUGAUUAUUGAACUGCAUCACGACUUUUGUACAGAUAUUUUUAGAGGCUAUAAUCACAUUGAAAGGCCUUGGAACAUUUAUCAUAAAAGUCGUUGUUUAUGAUUUUAUUGUUUGUAUUUUGUUUCUUUGGGUCUAAGCAGUAUUGUAAUAAACAUGUCCGAUUUUGUCCUCA